AUGAGGGUGUGCGAAAACCCUUUUAGGAAUUCACAAGAUUUUGAGAGUUUACCUGUGGCGACAUAUGAAGAUUUGCCUCCCAGUGUAAUGAAGAAACUUGCAAAGGAAUUGAAGAAUCUUGAUGAAUCCCUGCCCGAGGGAAUUACUGUAAGGGUAAAUGAUGAUGAUUUUUCAGUUUCAGAAGCUGAUAUUGAAGUCCCAGCUGCAACUGCAUAUGAAAAUAACAUUUCUCGCAUGAAGCAGCUAUUGUCUCGUGACUUUCGGCGCCCUCCUCGAAAAGGUGGAUCCCCAGACCAAGAAUCGAUUGGGUCUGAGACAAAAAGGUCUAGUGUAUCAUCUGGCAGGUCUCGUAACCGCAAGGAGUUUCUUUCUAGGUUUGUGGACAGUAAAACUCUGACAGCCAGACUUGAAGACUGGUUUGAAUCGAUAUCAGAAAAGUCUGGACAGAAAAAGUCUGCAUUUGAUGUUCCGUUUGAGUUGAUAGAACUUCAAAAGUUUGAUUAUGCGUUGGAAGGGGUUUCAUUUCAGCAGCUGGUUCGAAUGCCAAAUGCUGUCUAUGCUUCAACUUCUGAUGCCGUGGAAGCAACUGCGUAUCUUGCUAUUGAAGACUUUCUACAUGCAAGUGUGAAGGGCUUGUGGGAGGCAUUUUGGAAUCAGGAUGAUCCCAUGCCUUUCUCAGUUGCUUGUCUAUACAAUGAAAACUUGAAAUUCUACCAGGCUGAGAAAGCAAUAGGUAAUGGAAAGCUUGGUGGUCUUUGCGCCACCGGUUUAUUACUUAACAACCCUAGGCAUCCACAUGGAAAGUGGGACCAUAUUCUUGAAUUGGCCCUUCUAAGGCCUGAUAUUGGAAGUGCUGCUGCGGGAAGUGGCCAGCAACUCUCUUUAUGUGUUCUGGGUGAGGCUGUCUUCUAUGCUUUACGCAUACUACUAUCAAGAAGCUUAAGCAGAUUGAAUUUUUAUGAGAGUCCAAAUUGUGCCUACAUUCUUCUUGUUGAUUCUCAAUAUGGUGGGGUUGUAAAAGUUGAAGGAGAUGUAGAUAAAUUGGAGUUUGAUGUGAAUAAUGUUUAUGACUGUUCCACGGAUUGGAUAAAAAAACAUUGUAAAGUGUCUGUCUCUCCUAUCGAUAGGAUCUGGAACAAACUUGGAAAUGCCAACUGGGGAGACAUUGGUGCUCUACAGGUACUUUUUGCAACUUUCCAUUGUAUUGUGCAGUACGCAGGGAUGCCUAAACACUCAAUUGAAGAUUUAGCAGCUGAUCAUGGUUCUCGCCUCCAAACAAGAAGAGUGGCAAGGCAGUUAGGGGAUUCCAGAAUUAAUGGCCAUGGACUAUUUCGGUUUCAGCAACAGAGUGUUUCUCCUGAAAUUGUUGAAGUUCCAGAUGAAUCCAUCAAAAUAAAGUCUGAAGAGUUAAUAAUGAAGCUGGAGAUAGGAUCUGUAUUAUGGUUGGAGGACUCAGACCGGCAAAAAGGUUAUCAAAUCAAUGAUGUCCUGCACAAUAAUGAACUGCGGUAUUACAUUGCAUCGCCUGUUAAAGAUCCUGGUAAAUCUUUGUUUCUUUACGUCGGUUCCCAUCCUUCUCAACUGGAACCAGCAUGGGAAGAUAUGAAUUUGUGGUAUCAAGUCCAAAGACAAACUAAAAUAUUGACUAUUAUGAGACAGAAAGGUCUAUCUAGUAAAUAUCUACCACAGUUGAGUGCUUCUGGCAGGAUUGUUCACCCUGGCCAGUGUCGAAAACCCAGCUCAGGCGGAAAUUGUGAUCACCCAUGGUGUGGUACCCCAAUUCUAGUUACCAGUCCGGUUGGUGAGACAAUUGCUGAUAUGGUCAAUACUGGCAGAUUUGGUUUGGAUGAGGCUAUCAGAUGCUGUCAUGAUUGCUUAUCCGCACUUUCUACGGCUUCUUCUGCCGACAUUCGGCAUGGAGACAUUCAGCCGACAAACAUUGUUUGUGUGAGAUCUGGUGUGAGGCAUCCUUAUUUUGUCCUUGUUGGUUGGGGUCAUGCUAUUCUUGAAGACAGGGAUCGUCCUGCAAUGAAUCUCCAUUUUUCAUCUACUUAUGCACUGCAGGAGGGAAAAUUGUGCUCAGCUUCAGAUGCAGAGAGCCUGGUAUAUGUGCUCUACUUUGCCUGUGGUGGAGCUUUGCCUGAUUUAGAUUCGGUUGAGGGGGCACUGCAAUGGAGAGAGACCUCAUGGUCAAGGAGAUUGAUUCAGCAGAAGCUUGGUGAGGUAUCAACUGUGUUGAAAGCAUUUGCUGAUUAUGUAGACAGUCUUUGCGGGACACCAUAUCCUAUAGAUUAUGAAAUAUGGCUAAGAAGGUUACGGAGAAAUAUUCAUGAAGAUGACCAUGGGAAGGAAGUUGACACGUCUGGCUAG